AUGAGAAGUAAUGCAAAAAGCAGGUGAAUGUCAUUGCACAACUCUGCCAUUUCAAUUAGUGUUUCAUUUGGAAAGAUGACUCUCUUUGGUUAGGGAGAAGACAAGUUUAUUCCAAAGUCAUUAUAGAUCAUUAUAGAUCUUGGAUUUGUGUGUGUGCAUGAUGAGCAUUAUUGUCCCAAAAUGUUUCAUUGGGAUAUUACUGGUUUACCUAAAACCAAGGGCUGAAGCAGCAACUUAACAUGCAAUUUUGUUAUAGGCAAAUGAAAAUGAGACCAGGAGAAGUUCUCAUUGACUGUUUGGAUCCUAUUGAAGAUACCAAAGGAAACAAUGGAGAGAAAGGUACAACUUCUGGUUUCUAUUGACCCUUUCUCCCUCUUCCUCAAGUGCUAUCAACACUCUGUUCCAAGCUAAAAGUUUGCAGGUUCUUGUCAGGCAGUUUUCGGAGGGUUAUUUCCCACCUUCCGCCCAGCUUUAUUUUAUUGUUUCACAAAUGUGUGUUCUUCUGCAUGCCUGGGGGAUUCCCAAUAUAUGUAGAAGCCAUGACCUUAUUUUUGGAUUGCAGCAUUUUGCUUCCCAAGUGAUUGGCACUGGGCCACCUGAGUUUGCUAUUAUUAGAGAUUACGAUGAUGUGUCAGUGCAGAUGUCCAAGAUCGCCAUGUGUAUUUAUUUAUUAAUUAUAAAUAUUUAUAACUUGCCUUUAUAUCCCUUCCUUGUGAUUUAUGUAGUAUCAGCUCCCUUUUGUCCCCUCCUGCAGAUCUUAGAUAGUAAGUAGGUCCUGAAAGAUUUUCACUUGGUUGCGGUAGUUUGCUUGCCCAAUCUCUUUUUCUAAUAUAGUUGCAGUUCACUCAUUUCUGCUUAUUUUCUUGUACAGCAGAUUUUAAUGGGUUAUUAUUCUUGGAAUUCUGCAUAGGAAAAUAGGAAUCUGCCUUAUACUGACUCAGACCAUUGGCCUAUUGAGCAUUGGCCUAUUGCUGUUUACGGUAACUGGCUCUCUAACGUUUCAGUCAGGGUUCUCUCCCAGUGCUACCUGGAGUUGCUGGGAGUUGAACUUGGGACCUUCCAGAUGCAAAGGAGAUGUUCUACCACUGAGCAAUGACCCUACCCCAAAUAGUAAACUCAUUCUCUGAGUGGGAAUCUUUAUGUAGUCAAAAUAUCACCAUCCAUGCACAAGAGGUAUCAGUAGGCUUGUGGAGAUUGUUAGAUUUGCAGUAGUACAAAAGCGUCACAAACUGAGCAAGCCAAGUGACCACAGAAUCAAAAGCUGGCUCUUUGGGAGAAAAAACCAAAAAUGUGGUGGGGCUGGAAUGGAGUAUAUAUAUUUUUUUUUUUUUUUUAAAGCAAUUUAUUGGAUUUUACAAUAAGAAUAAAUGUAAUAAACAAUAUAGCAUUCGUCUUAACAUAAUUUCACAUUAUCUUUGGACUUCCUCACAUCUCCCGCUCCCACCUUCAUCAUUAUAACAUUUUGUCAGCAAUUUAUCAUCUUAUUUAAAUUCUUAUAUCUCUUCGAUAUUUCAUAAUCUUAAAGUUCUCAUAAAGAGUUAAACUUUCACAAUUUUUCUUGUUUCCUUAAAAAUUUCUAAGUUAAGUGGUGCUCAGUUAUUUAGUCCAGCAUCUUAUUCAGCAUUCAAUCAAAUCACAAUGUUUUUGUAGGUAGUUCUUAAAUUUCUUCCAAUCCUCCUCGAUUCUCUCUUCUCCCAGGUCACGGAUUCUGCCAGUCAUUUCAGCCAGUUGCAUAUAGUCUAUCAGUUGCAUCUGCCAUUCUUCCAGUGUGGGUAGAUCUUGGGUUUUCCAAUGUUUUGCGAGUAGUAUCCUUGCUGCUGUUGUUGCAUACAUAAAAAUGUCUGGUCCUUCUUUGCCACCCCUUGGCUGACAAUACCCAAAAGGAAAGCCUCUGGUUUCUUAGUGAAAGUAUAUUUAAAUACCUUUUUCAAUUCAUUAUAAAUCAUUUCCCAGAACGCCUUCACUUUAGGGCAUGUCCACCAGAGGUGAAAGAACGUUCCUUCACACUCUUUGCAUUUCCAGCACUUAUUGUCAGACAGGUGGUAAAUUUUUGCAAGUUUGACUGGGGUCAUAUACCAUCUAUAAAUCAUUUUCAUUACAUUUUCUUUCAAAGCAUUACAUGCAGUAAAUUUCAAUCCAUUACUCCACAGCCUUUCCCAGUCCUCAAACAUAAUAUUAUACCCGAUAUCCUGUGCCCACCUUAUCAUAGCCGAUUUAACCAUUUCAUCCUGUGUGUUCCAUUCCAACAGCAAGUUAUACAUCCUUGAAAGUAUCUUAGUCUUUGGUUCUAACAAUUCUGUUUCUAAUUUCGAUUUCUCCACCUGGAACCCUAGUUUCUUAUCACUUUUAAAAACUUCUUUAAUCUGAGCAUAGUGUAACCAAUCUCGCACUUUGUCUUUCAUUUUCUCCAAGCUCUGCAAUUUCCAAGUGUCUCCAUCGUUUUCUAAUAUUUCCCAAUAUUUUGGCCAUUUGGCCUCCAUAUUGGGUCUUUUUCGGGCCUUAGCUUCCAAAGGUGAAAGCCACCUUGGUGUUUUAUUUUCCAGCAAGUCUUUAUAUUUUGUCCAGACAUUAAACAGUGAUUUUCUAACAAUAUGGUUCUUAAAGGCCUUAUUUGCUUUAACUUUGUCAUACCAUAAAUAUGCAUGCCAUCCAAAAACAUUGUUAAACCCCUCCAAAUCUAACACAUCAGUGUCUUCAAGAAGUAGCCAGUCUUUUAGCCAGCAAAACGCUGCGGCUUCAUAGUACAACUUUAAGUCCGGCAGGGCAAAGCCCCCUCUUUGUUUAGCAUCGGUUAGUAUCUUAAACUUAAUUCUGGGCUUUUGCCCUGCCAGACAAACUUCGAAAUGUCUCUCUGCCACUUCUGAAAGCACUCCAUUUUGUCCAAUACCUGCAGUGUUUGAAAUAAAAACAACAUUCUUGGCAAUACAUUCAUCUUAAUCGCAGCAAUUCGGCCUAACAAAGAAAGUUUCAAUUUUGACCAACUGUCUAAGUCUCUCUUAAUUUCUGUCCAACAUUUUUCAUAAUUAUCCUUAAAUAGACUUAGAUUUUUUGCUGUUAUGUUUACCCCUAGGUAUUUUACUUUUUAACCACAUUAAGUUCCGUCUCAUUCUGAAACCGUUCUGACUCUGUCUCAGUCAGAUUUUUCCCCAAAACCUUAGUUUUCUGUUUGUUUAAUUUAAAUCCCGCCACCCGACCAAAAUCAUUAAUCAAUUGUAAUACUCUUUUCGUACUAGGCUCUGGCUUCUGCAAGGUCAAAACCAGGUCAUCUGCAAAAGCUUUUAAUUUAUAUUGUUUCUGACCAACCUGAAUUCCUUCCACCAGCUGGUCCCCUCUAAUCAUGUUCAAUAGCACUUCCAGGACCGAAAUAAAUAACAAAGGGGAAAUAGGGCAACCUUGUCGUGUCCCUUUUUCAAUUUUGAACUCUUCUGUAACCACAUUAUUAACUAUCAGUUUUGCUUUCUGUUCUGAAUAUAUCGCCUCGAUCCCAUUCUCAAAACCCCGUCCCACUCCCAUCUCUUUUAAGUUUCCCGUCAUAAAUUUCCAAGAAAUGUUAUCAAAGGCCUUCUCCGCAUCUAUAAAAAUUAAAACAGCUUUUGUAUUUAUGUCAGUUUGGAGAAGUUCCAAAAUAUCAAUAAUGUUCCUUGUGUUAGCAAACAAAUGUCUACCUGGGAGAAAACCGGCCUGGUCCUUAUGAAUUACUUCAUUUAAAACUUUUUAAAUCUACUUGCCAAAAUAUCUGCAAAUAUUUUGUAAUCCACAUUUAAAAGGGAGAUGGGACGGUAGUUCUUCAGUUGUGUCUUUUCAGUUUCUGACUUUGGUAUCAAUGUGAUAAACGCUUCCUUCCACGAAUCCGGUGCCCUCUUCCCCUCCAUAAUUUCAUUGCUAACCUCCAUCAAAGGUUGUAUCAAAUAGUCUUUUAGUAUCUUAUAAUACUUGGAGGUCAGCCCGUCUGGCCCUGGAGAUUUGCCAAGUUGCAUGUUCUGAAUAGCUUGUUCAAUCUCCUGUCGUGUUAUUUUAGAGUUCAGGAUUGUCCUAUUUUCUUGUGACAGUUUAGAUAAUCCAUUUUUGGCAAAAAUUGUUUAAUCUCAACUUCGUCUUGCGGCCCUUGGGUGUAUAAUUUUUAAAAUAUCUCUGGAAACACUUUCUAAUGUCCACUGGAUUCUGAAUGUUUCUUCCAUCAACCUCUAAAUUUGUAACCGUGUUUAAUCUUUGUCUUCUCUUCAACUGCCAGGAUAGCAGUUUUCCACAUUUAUUCGCCGACUCAAACGUUUUUUGUUUCAUUAAUUUGAUCUUCCAUUCAAUUUCCUGAUUUAUCAAUUUAGAAUACUGUGUUUGGUACAGUUUAAUUUCUCUCAGAGUUGGCUGUGACUUUGGAUUCACUCUUAAUUUCUUCUCUAAUUCUUUUAUUUUAUCCAAAAUCUUGUCUUUUUUCUCAUUUUGUGUUUUUUUCUUUACUACAUUCUGUUGUAUCAGGAAUCCCCUCAUAACAGCUUUGCUUGCGUCCCAGACGAUUCUUUUUCCACCGAAUUGUUCAUAUUUAUCUCAAAAUAAUCUUUCAAAACUUUUUGGGCCUUCUUGGUAAUUUCCUGAUCUCUAAACAAAUUGUCAUUCAUCUUCCAUCUAAAGGAUCCAGUUGGUAGUAGUGUCAUGUCCAUCUUUACUGCGUUGUGGUCAGAACAGGUCUUUGGGCAGAUUUCCACUUUUCUAACCCUAGGUGCCAGGCCUCUAGAGAUCCAUAUUUGGUCGAUUCUUGUCCAGGUCAGUUGGGCUUCAGAAAAGAAUGUUCCUUCUCUACCUAGUGGGUUCUUUGUUCUCCAAAUGUCGAUCAAGUCCAUAUUGUCAGUCAUUUCAAAAAGGGUUUUAGGUAGUCUGCCAUCUUUUGUGAUGUUUUGACUUUGCGACUUGUCCAUGUUAGUUGACACGACCCCGUUCAUGUCUCCCAUCAUUAUGAUGUUGUUGUAAUCCAGAUGAUCCAGCAUUGUCCCCUGCAACUUCUUGUAAAAUUCCGAUUUCCCUUCAUUAGGCGCAUAGAUUCCUAAUAUCAACAGUUUCUCUCCUUGAUAUUGUAUCUCAAUAGCCAAAAUCCUUCCAUGCUCAUCUUUAAAUAGAAAUUUAGGUGACAGGCUCUCUUUUGCAUAUAUCACCACUCCUCUCUUCUUCACUUUAUCCGACGAAAUAAAUUCCUGGCCCAAUCUUUUAUUUAUUAACACUUUUCUGUGGAGCCUCGUCACAUGUGUUUCUUGUAAGCAAAUAAUGUCCAAUUGUUCUUUUUUAAUAUAUGAAAUAUUUUCUUCCUUUUCUCCGGAAUAUUGCAACCAUUAAUAUUCCAGCUCAACAGUUGCAGAGACAUCCUGGAUCUAUCUGGUUAUUUCUCCUGGGGUGGUGUCUUCUCUUGAUCUUCAAGUUCCCGAGGUGGAGGUAUUGAUGCUGGCUUUGCCUCAGGCCCGGAAGGUAGUUCAAUUCCUUUAUGUAGGUCCUCUCCGUGUGUAGCCAAAAAUUUAUCUCUCUCUUCCAAUGUUCUAAUUUUAACCUUUCUCGCUCUAAAGGUAAAAGAUAAUCCUUGGGGAAAAUCCCACCUGAAUGGAAUUGCGUUGCUCCUUAAUAGUUUAGCAAGUUCGGAAUAGGCAGCUCUAAGGUCCAACAGUUGUCUUGGGAUAUCUUUAUAUAUCUCAAUUCUUCUAUCCAAAACUUCCAGUGACUUUUCGUAAUGUAGGCCCAAAAUCUUAUCCCUUUCCUCCUUCGAUCUCAAUGUAAUCAAACAAUCCCUGGGCCUCUCCUUCUUUAUAAAUCUUCCAAGUCUGAAAGCUGACACAAUUUUAAAGUCCUUUUCUUCCAAAUUCCAGAACUUGGAAAGUUCUUUGGUCAAAAACUCAGUUAAAUUUCCUUCUUCUGCCUCUUGUAAUGAUCUAAUCCUCAAAUUAUUCUCACGAUUUCGCAGUUCUAUCAUAGAAAGAUAAGUCUGAUGUUCCCCAACUUGUUUAGUGAGUGGUCUUACCUCUUGCUCUAAAUUUUCCAAUUUUUGUCUGGUAUCCUCAGCCAGUUUUCGGUUUUCUACUGAGGCCUCCGUCAACUGUCCAAUUGCUUGUGUAUUCUGUCCCACCUGUGUAGUUAAUUUGUUUAGACAAUCUGUAUUUUUAUCAAUCUUUGCUGAUUGCGCAUCUACUUUCUUGUCCAAAGCUUCCAAUUUUUCAAAGAUUUUUCUAGCACAGAAACAGAUGCUCCUGAGGCCAUAUCUUCCAAUUGUAACUGCUCUACUUCACCCUCUCCCUCUUUUGCCUGUAGCAAGGCAGCUUCUUCAAGUUGUACUUCUGAGGGCAAAGUAGGCACAGAUGAUCUACGUGUCUGCGAGGCUGAGGUUAGAUUUGUUAGAGUUGUUUGUCUAACUCUUCCUCUUCUUCUUGUACCACUCAUUCCAAUGUUAUCUAUCAGUCAAGGUCACACUGAGUUUUUCCCACAGGAAUAGAGAGGCCCAGAGCAUGCAGACAACAAGAGAAUCGAAAGUAAAUGUUUUUAUAAAGUCACUGUUUUAAUCCAAUCCUCUAGAGGGAGCUUAAAGUGUCUUUUCAGAGUCUGAUUUAAUGUCCCAGAACCUUCCAAUAUAAGUAUUAAGCAGAGUUUAAAAGUAAUCACUUUGUUGCAGACAGUGCUUAUUUGUCUCCAAAAAGAAUGUUUCAAAUUUAAAAGGUCUCAAUACCCUCAGAUUGUUGCAACUUCUGAUAUACAGUAUCCAAGUCAAACACUGACAGCCCACUGUUACAGUGCUCAAGCAAUCCUGACUCUGGGUUGCACCUUCCAAUUUGUAAUCCAAUAAAAGGGGAAAGUCAAGUGCAAAUAAAAGGUCCAAAUCUUUAACUUGCUAAUUUUACUUUAAAUUGUAAGUUCCAUAGAUGCUUGGCUGUGUAGAGUUUAAAAUCUCUUUCUUUCAGCCUCCACUCCUCCACUUUAGUUGCUUUUUUUUCCAAGUUCAAUGGCAGCGGAAGACGGACUUCCUGUUUCCACGUCUCUCCGCUUUCAGCCAAAUUCAAGUCAAUUUAAACCUUCUCAUUUAAAAUUUGUAAUUCCAAGUGAUUCAGUCUUUACUCACGAGUAAGUUGUUUUCUUCCAGAUCCGAAUUUUGACAGGAAAAGGGAUCAGCGCUCACCGGCAGCAGCAGCGCGGCUUCACUCCGCUGACUGUGAAACGGCUCACAGCGCCGCAGCCCCCCUCCACGCUCCGGAGCCUCUUACGAGGCUCCUUCUGCAGUUGGAGGGCUGCUCUUGGCGCAGUAUUGGAAUGGAGUAUAUUAAAGAAGGUCGUGGCUGGCUGAAACCCAGGACAGGAGUGCUCCACAUUUUGUUGCACAUCCCACUUGUUUGUUAUAUAUAUAUGACAUUAAUAAAUGGAUGGGGGAUACUGGGUGUAGAAGAUCCUGACCCGAGUACAUAGUAUUGAGUAGGGUAGCCUUUGAGUUUUCUGGCUGUCUAGUAUUAGAAUAAUUUUGCGAUAAAUUAUCUGGUGAUUCCCCCCCCCCUUUUUUUUAAAUUUCCAGGCAGACUUUUGGUAACAAACUUGAGAAUUAUUUGGCACUCCAUUGUAUUGCCUAGGGUCAACCUCUGUAAGUAUCCCUUCCUUUGUUUCUAUACCAUUAAAAAAAAUAACUGGUCAAUCAAAAGCUUUUCUCCUUUACCUGGUACUGCUGCUGUUUCAAAGAGAGACAUUUACAUCCCAGUGUUAAGUGCAUAUGCUUGAAAGUAAGUCCCAAUAGUUUCAGAGCUGUGAAACACCAUUAGGAUCCGAGUGGAAGCCUCUGGUUUUACUGUAACCUUCAUCACUCUAUUAACGUUACGUCUUUGUAUUAGUAGUUAGAAUUGACAUAAUUAUUCCCGUGUAAACAAUGCAUUGGUAAAUGUUCUCAAAACAUUCUGGAAAAUACUGAAAAUUCUAACUCUCCUUAGGUAUAUCUGGCAUUCUUGAAAAUAAGAAAGCCUUGCAGACUUUGCAUUGUCCCUUACCAACUCACACUGCAAUUGUCUAUUUUCUUUGUGGGGAGCACGCAGUGUUUCAUACUUCCUAAGGUCACUUCAUAUAAAAAGCGUUCUGAUUCAGCAUAUGACUCAUCACACUACUAACUUUAAAUGUUGGACAACUUUCAGACUGAUACAAUAUUAAAAAAUUAUAAAUAAGGAUGACGUACUGUGGCCAGCCUCCUUUCAGGUCCAGUGUGCUGGCAACCAGAAACUUGGUUUGCCCUUUACUGGGUUAUAAAACUAGGUGGGCAGAAAUUUUUCAGGCUGUUCUUAUUUGCUCAUGCUCUUUAUCAAGGGCAUGUCAGCUUAGCUCUUAAGCUGUUUUUCUACAGUAUAUCUAGUCUAGUAAGAUACAGUUACCUGUUAACAAAUAGUAUUCUUCAAAGUGAUGUUAAUUCUGUUCAUAUAAAUAGCAUUUGUGGUAGCUUAGCUUUUUGUAAACAUGUAGUUAAUUGUGGACAAAUGUGGGUUGGGACCUGAGACCAUGGAUAGACUUAGCUUGGGGGGGGGGUAGGUCUGCACCAUACAUCUCUUAUAUAAGAAAACUCUGACACCAGGAUUAACUAUCCUCUGGCAGCAGCCACUACAUCAAGCUUCAAGAAGGCCACUCUUAACAGUGUGCUCAGAUACUUUGGCACUUCUUCUUCUUGAACUUUUCCACUGCUGACUGGUCAUUGAAAGGACUUGAAACUAAGCUCUUGCACCUGAGAUUGCUUAUUUUUUCCUCCUUCCCGAUCCAUUUUCCUUUUGUGUCAUGUCUUUUUGGAUUGUUACCCUGAGGGAAGGAACUGUCUUUGUGUGUGUGUUUGUGUGUGUGUUGUAAGGUUUUUCAAUUGAAAAGUAAAAUAAAAGUUUUGGAGAUAAACAACUAUGCACGUGUCUUCUCAAAAGCAAGCAGUGCUGUGGGGUUCCUGGAAAAUUUCUCAUGCCCUACAGCAGGGUGACCCAACUUUUCUUUCCAAGUGGGUCCCAAGAGUACUUUGACAUAGAAUCUGCAGGCUCCACACUGCCUUGUUGCACCCAGGGGAGUAGGAGUGAGGCCAAAAUUUUAUGUCCCCUGGCUUUGGGAAGGCAGCACAAGCACUGGGGGGGGCCAUCGAAUGUUGCUGAGGGCCACCAAAAAGGCAUUGAGGGCCACAUGUGCCCCUUGGGCCACGUGUUGGACCACCCUGCCCUAGACAGUGAUUAGCCUGCUUUUUUUACUUGUAUUUAGUAAACAAAAACAAAAAAUACUGAAGGUGCCAAACUUGGCUAAAACUGUUUUGGCAUCUGUUCAUUGUUACUAUGAAACAGAAAAUGUUCCAUGGAAAAAUAAGCACUGGAAAAAUGGCAGCCUCUGGUUAUUGGAAGCAAGUCUCAUUAGACUGCAGUGGUAUAAACAAUUACCUGGGAGUAGGUUUAGUUUAAUUUAGUUGGGUUUACCUGUGAAUCGAUUUACUAUUAUAGUAGCAGCAUGUGUUCCUGCAACUACAGUUAGUACAUAGCUGUCACACAGUGAUUUCAUUGGGAGGAAUUCAAUUUAAUGGUGGGCUCUUCUGAUCAUUCCUUCAGAGCAAGCAUUUCUGCUUGCCAGAUGGAAAUACCCCCCUCUCCUUCCCUUUCGUGCUGUUCUGGGAUUUCUUCUGAUCCUCCAGAGCAGAUUUGGGGGAGGUGGGGUGGAGAGGGAGGAAGACCUGUUGUGCUAGCGGGAACCCUUGUGUUGGAAUCAACUAGCACACCGGGUUAAGUUUAAUUUGGGCAAUUUUCUAUUCCAGACAACAAUACAUACCAGACAGAUAUCUGGAGAUAUUCAAUGACAUCUUUAACAAUACUGUUUUUGUUUUCCCUGAUUCCUUAGCUGUUGGCUACAAUUGUUUUGUAAGCACAACAACAAGAACUGCUAACUCGGUGAGUUUACGAAACAAAUUUUGAAUUAGAGAGUAUUUGGAAAUAUAUAACGUGCUCUCGUCAAAUGACAUGAUUUUCCAGUUCUUCUAAAAAACAUUUAAUUGUCAGCAAGUCCUAUGAAUUUCAAAAGCAACAAAAAGCCUUGUGACACCUUAAGGGCUAAUGACUAUAUUAUGGUAUAAACUUUUAGACAAAAGUCCACUUCAUUAGCUCCAUCAGCACUACCUAAGUUGGCAGAAUGUGUGUAGAGAGAAAAAAUGUGGAAGCAGUAAAGUCAGAGAGAAAUGAAAUGCAGAAAAAUACAGAUUACAACAUUUAAAGCUUAGGGGUUGUAUUCAGCUAAGUCAUAUUCAGAGUGACCAGUUGAUUUCAGUGGGUAUCCUCUGAAUUUGACUUAGAUGGAUACAACUAUGUCUACAAAAUAAGUAUAUGCAGAAUAAGGAAAGUGAACAUUCACAAAGUAGUGUUGAGUGUAACACAGAUAUCCUGGCACUGGUAAGUUAAUUAAUACUUGUAGUGGUAAAAGACAAACAGUUCCAAACAAACCCCAAUUAAUUAAUUACUUAAUUAAUACUAGUAGUGGUAUAAAAACCCUUUUAUCUCGAUUAGGGUAAUAAAUUCCUGAAUCUAAUAAAGUGGACCCUAUUAUUCAAAAGCUUGUAGCAAUUGAUUAGUUUUUAAAGUGUGAGAAUACACUUUUGCUGCAACAGACUAACAUGGCUACCACCCUGGAAAUUGUUACUGGUUUCCAAUUAUACUGAGAAUACAUAAAUAUUAAGAUUGUUAAUUUCUUUUGGAAACUGCAGUACUAAUAUACUAAAUCUUAUAAAUCUUUUCUCUUACAGAAAUUAAGAGGCCAGACAGAAGCACUUUAUAUAUUAACCAAAUGUAACAAUACACGUUUUGAAUUCAUAUUUACAAAUGUGGUUCCUGGAAGCCCCAGACUUUUUGCCUCUGUUAUUGCUGUACACAGGUACUUGAGCUUUUUUUAUUUUAAAAAGUGUUAGUCUUGCACAGAAGCAGGAAAUGCUUGCUGAAGUACAAUCCUAAUGAAGUUAGUUGUUUUAGUUGCAUAUGCCAUAUAAUCAAUAAAUUUUAGAAUGAAAGGUUUGCAUAUAUUUUGUUCCGUGAGGAAAUGGUAAUAAUUUGGGAUUGGCAUUCAUAUGUAUGCAAAUACACAAAGCAACCCUUAUAUUUCAAAAUAAGAAUAUUCUCAGGAUGGGCAGAUAAAUGGCUUUUUAGGAUAAAUGAUCUUAUUGAGGAAAGGCAUCCCAUUGUGGAGGUUUCCCUUCAAGCUAAACUCAAGAAUCUCUGGCAUAAUUACUUCCAUGUUGCUCAAGUUAGAAGAGGCAAAUUGGUUAGGUGAGGAGUAUAAAUAUUCCCACCCCCCCAUUUUUAUCAUUGUUUGAAACCAUGUUUUAUUAUUCCUAGAGCUUAUGAAACUUCAAAAAUGUACCGUGAGCUUAAGCUGAGAUGUGCAUUAAUUCAAAACAAGCAGUUGAGAUUGUUACCCAAAGAACAAGUAUAUGACAAAAUAAAUGGUGUCUGGAAUUUAUCUAGUGAUCAGGUACAGUGGAAUAUAUUCAUAAACUGAAAUUAAGAAUGUGAUUUUUUUAAAGCCUUUCCUGCAAAAUCUGUCAAAGAAGUUCUGUAACCACCUUGUGAAACCGACUACUUGAAAAAUACAUGGCACUGAGGUUCAGCAGAAUAUUCUUAGCUCUUUAAUAUUUAUGUGCAAGUUCUGUCAUAUUACUUGAAUUUCAUAAGGCUGUUUCCCGAGAACCGUGAGUGGAAGUGAGGAGACUUCCCUGCCCACUCUACUGUCCUGUCCUCCAAUCCCCAAAAGACACUCCUGAGGUUCAGGGGACCCUCCAUUGUGGGUCACAAGGAGCUGCUGGAGGAGAGGGAAAUUAACCAAAAUUGGUCAGAACCAUGUUAGGAAAGAAGAGCUAUCCUGGCACAAGUUGGUUCUGCCCAGUUUCAAUCAGUCCACCCAUCUUCCAGAGUUCUCUGUAUCCCACCCCACCCCAUUUCAGAGGGUCCCUGUUCCUGAGGGGAAACAUUUAAAAGGCCACUGCAGAAGGUGGGAAGGUCACUUCCACAAGUUUCCUUUGUCUUGCAUUUCUCAAGAUGCAACCCAUAUUCAUUUGGCAUAUGAAACAGAGUGUGGUGACUAUUUUAGUGUGUGAAAAUAGACACAAAAGCAAUAUUGCAGAGCAAAAAGUUAUUUUUGUAUACUGCUAUUUUAACUUUGGCAUAUGUUUCUUGCAUGCCAUUGAACUCGAACGGUAUAUUAUUUUGAGUCCUGUAGAUGCAAUGGAAAGCUUCUUAUACUGUACUAUGGUUCAACCCUGGUUUGCUGCAGUAAGGGUUUCACCAAUGGAUUUUGUAUUUAAAUGUGAGUUUUAGUAAAUAAAAAAUCCUAUUCUCUUUACAUUUUAAAUGCAGAGGGACCUAAUAUAGUGUUAUAGAAGACUAGUACCAACUAAUUAUAAUUUCUCUCUUUCCUAGGGAAAUCUGGGUACCUUUUUUGUUACAAAUGUAAGAGUAGUUUGGCAUGCUAAUAUGAAUGACAGCUUUAAUGUCAGUAUCCCAUAUCUACAAAUUGUAAGUACAAUAACAGCACAAUAUUUUUGCCUAAAUAUUAAUAUGGGUUACCUUAUUUUAAUUGUUGUAUAUAUAAUUUCCAAAGAAAUACUAUGGAAUUUUUGGCAAGUGUCAAUGGAUAUUAAUAUAAACUUGAUAAAGCUGACAAAUCUUAGAAGUACAUAGAGUCAGCCUGCAACUUGCAUGGGGGGGUUACAUUUCAGGGAUUGCGCCUGAAGCCAAAAUUGUGUAUGGUCAAAACACAUAGGGUUCAAUGGCGGGUGGGAUUGCCAAAGUCUCUUUUUCCCAGAUGCCCACCCCCUCUUUAGUUUUAAUUUUUAAAUUUGCAAAGCACAUAGAGCAGAAUGUGCACAAGUUAAAUGUGCAUAAGUUGUGGGUUUACAGUAUGUAUUUCCUCUGGUGGUUGAAAUGAAUAGUCUUUUAGCUGGAUGAUGGUGAAGGCGUACAGUGUCUUUGGUGUUAGAGACUUGUCCUGGAUAAGUUUGCUGUGACAUGCAUUAUCUAAUAUUUCCUUAUCAGGCAGUGCUUAUGCAGAAGUACACUGAUGGACAAAACUUUGUGUUUGGUCAGCUUUUAGGCUCGUAGAGAGAACAUGGAGGAUAUUCCACCUCCAAAAUCUGCAGUCAGAUUCACAUACAUUUUUGCAUCAGGCCAAUAGCAUUUCCUCUGUGCUGAGGAAUUCAGCUCAUAGCUCACACUCUUUACCACUAUGGUACACUAGUUUUUUAAAAAACAUUGGUCAGUUUAUGUGGUUUCCAUGGUAUUUCACCUGUGCUGCUAGCUGAGCAUUAUAGUUGUUUUUUGUCAGAGGCAUAUGAACAGAAUUCUUAUCAAAGUUUCCAGAUAAGAUAUUUUCCAACUUUUCAAUGUUCUCAGUGUUCUUCUCCACUAAAAAUUCAUGUGCGUUUAUAAUUACAAGUGACUGGAAAGAGAGUAAUUAAUGGAGUCAGUGUCAGUAAUUUCAGUUAAUUCUAUUAAGGAGUCAUAUUUCAGUCAUUCUUUUUAACAAACAAUUAUUUGUUUGUUUUUUCUUUUCAACCAGCGUUCAGUAAAGAUCAGAGACUCAAAAUUUGGCUUGGCACUUGUCAUUGAGAGUUCUCAGGCGGUAAGAACUCAGUAUAUUGUACUUCCUUCAGUUUUUUAAUCAUUCCAUACAAAACUCCAUUAAGACAUUUCUAAAACAUCUUCAUUCAAGCACCUAUACUUGGUGGUAUUUAUUCCUGAGGAAGUUGCUGCUUUGAUUAGGAUGUCAUGGUAGUAUGAUCUUUUCAAUCUGAAGAGCUUAGUUAUGAGUUCACAGAAUAAUGACUAUGAUAAAUGAGCACCAGGUGACUAAUCAAAUCUCUGAAUGAGACACCAGCAUAUCAGCUUGGUCACUUGCUAUUUUUGAGUGCUGUGCCCCUGUAAAAGUUUAGAGUCUUGAAAUGAUUUGCUCCUUAGUAGUUCUUGGGAGUAGAACUGUUUGUGAAUAAAUAGAUUCAGAAACGCAAUUAUGAAUGUGUCAUUGCUGAUUACUUUCCACAUGGCACAGUUGAGAUUAGUACUUAAAAAUAGCUUUCAACCUGGAAUUGUUCCGUUGUUUUUGUAACACUAUAUUUACAAUUAUAGCCAUUCAUAAAAAUAUGGUGACUAAUAAUGAACAUGUAACGCACUGCAAAGCCCCAUUGCUAUAUUUAUUUAAUAUAGAUGUUGUAUUGUUUCUAUAUAUCUGAAUGUUUUAAAUACUUGAGCAUGAUUCAAAUUGAUAAUGCUUUGCCUCAUCUUCCUAAUAAAACUGUGGCUUAUCGUUGAUACAGUAUAACAUUUUGUAGCACAGUUUCAGCCAAAAUGGUUUUACUGAAUUUGGGUCAUCAUACUGUGGGAUAACAAUUGGAUAUGUUUUCUUUCAACAUAUACUCUCUUAUAGACUGGUGGUUAUGUGCUUGGAUUUAAGAUUGACCCAGUGGAAAAACUAGAGGGAACAGCAAAAGAAAUAAAAUCAUUGCAUCAAGUCUUUUCAGUUAAUCCUAUAUUUGGCGUAGAUUACGAAAUGGAAGAAAAGGUAUUCCUAUUUUAAAAAUACGAUUUAUAGAAAUUAAACUAGCUACUGUUUACUUAACAAGAUUUAAAGAUUAGAUUUAAAAGUGUUUUCUUUCAUUUAUUAAUUUUCAGCCUCAGCAGCUAGAAGAUCUGACUGUGGAACAAAUACAGGAUGAUGUAGAGAUUGAGGCAGAUGAGCAGACAGAUGCUUUUGUGGUAAGGUUCUACAGAAAAAUAAUAAUCCUCUGUUGAUUUACCUUGAAUUAUGUAGUCCUGUGCAUACUUUGACCCCCCCCCCGAACUCUGUGACGCAAUUCACACAUCACCGUAAAUCACAGUUAAUGGCUUACUGUAAAUAAUGCCUGAUCACUUCCACUUCACUCCUGCUCUAGUGUGUGUGGGAUGAUCAAGCGGCAAAGCUUGGCUUCUCUCCCUGACAAACCAUAAUUGACAAGCCAAGAAAAAACCAUGAUCCCCAUUUCAGAUAUCACGGUAAACCUUGUGGCUUGAUUCUCCCAUUUGCAUUAUGGGAGAGAGAAGUGGAAGUGAUUGGACAGCAUUUAUGAUAAGCCGUGAAUUAUAGCUUACUGUGACUGGCCCAGCAUAGCUUCCUUCUGACCUACAGGGUCAGGGUGUGCAUCAUUUAAUGUUUCUGAUCCUAUGGGAAGAUUACAAAACUUUGUGGAAUGGAUCCAAAUAUGCCUAGUGCAAGCGCAGAGGGACUUCUGCUUGUGAAAGGCAGCCCCACCAAAUUGGUCCCUGAGCUUCCAAAGCCCCUGUACCCAAUCCCACAUUGUUUCCCACAUUGGAGGAAGGGAAAGGAGAAUGUUAGCCACUUUGAGACUCCUUCGGGUAGUGAUAAAGCGGGAUAUCAAAUCCAAACUCCUCCUCUUCUUCUUUCAGAGGGUCCCUUGACACUUGGGAGCAGGUGGUUUUGGCCAGGAAAGCCCCGCUGCAUGGAGUUCUAUUCAUUUCUGGGUCCAACCCUAUAUUUCACAACAAAAUUCUUGGUCGUGAAGAAUGGGAGACUACUUGCAGUAGGUUAUAUCUUGCUCACCUGCGUGUUUCAUACUCAUUUGAGUUUGUGAUUAAACAGAGUGGCUCCAUUUCAGCUAGCAAUCACCUUGAAGCUAUGCUGUUCUUGUGGUCCAGCUGCAUGAAGUGAUAAGAAUACACAUUAUUUUUUUUUGCCCUGAGGUCCUUUAAAAGUCACCUAAAUUCCAGAGACCCUUGGGAGCAGGAAGGGGAAAUCCUGUAGCACAGGCAGAAGUCCCUUGCACAGUAUAGUGAGCACCUGUGACAAUACAUCUAUUGCAAUCACACUGGAUUUUUCAAAGAUCAAAAUGCUAUCACAUAUCUUCUACCUCUUCAGUAUGCCUUCAAAUAUCUGGUGAGUUGCUGAGCACCUUUGGGUUCCUUACUUCAUUAAGGAAAGAAAUGUGAAUAACUUUCUCAUGUGAAUAUUUCACUCUUUGUUUGACAGUCACCAAAGACAUGACACUAGAACACAUUUCUUAAGAGUGUUAAUGCUGUUGAAAUAAUCAAGAGUCCUGACCUCUGUAUCAGUGUGGUGUAUCAAAGUGAAGAAAGCUGUUUUAAUUGCUGCUCACAAUUGCUAUAGGUUAGGUAUGAUCGAAGCAUUUCCUUUGUGUUUAAACAAGCUGGCAGAAAACUGGCAGUUGAAAGCUGGCAGAAAAAAUUACUUUGUUUAAUGCUAUAUUUUAUAAAUCUGUCAAGGCGAAGAGAUUUAUUUGAUAGAGUGUAAAAUGGAGUUACUCAUACUGAAUAAGGGGGAAAUGAAACAAAAUGGCAGUACAUGGUUUUAAUAACCACUUCAGAUAUAAUUAGAUAAUUAGAUCCAAAAGUAUUUAAUUGAACUGAGUUACUUUGUGUUUGAAUUAACAAAUAUUCAAUUCUUAGGCUGCAGUACUAUCCAGUUACCUGGGAAUAAGCCCCAUAGAACUCAGUGGGGCUUCUCAGCAGGCAUACACAAGGUUGUGCUGUUUAUAAUUAAAAUAUUUAAGAUGAUAUAUAAUGUUAAUUGUAGGCCCACGGAUUUCAGUGGGUCUCCUUUGAGUAUGACUAACAUUACAUAGCACCCUUAGACAAUUACUUUUUAAGGUUUUUAAUUUUUUUCUACUUUUCUGUUGUAGGCUUAUUUUGCUGAUGGAAAUAAGGUAAGGUUUUAUUUUAUUUUUAGUGAAAACUUAAUAGUGUGUUAGUUCCUAAUGGCCUAAUUGAUUAUACAGUAUUAACCUUUGUUUUCUUGCAUUUCCUCUCUUCCUUAUUUCCUGAAAAAAAGCAACAGGACCGUGAGCCUGUUUUUUCUGAAGAGUUGGGGCUUGCCAUAGAAAAACUAAAAGAUGGCUUCACACUGCAAGGACUCUGGGAAGUAAUGGGUUGA